UUCCUAUUAGUUGCUUAGUCCAUGCCGGUUAUUGAAAUGCUCUAGACUGAAGUGGUAGUGAAUGCAGCACAUCAUAAUGCAUUGCCAUUCCCAUCUGGACGCCCAGGGUUAAUAAUUCACAGACCAAAGUGACCAGACUGGAGAGCAGAUACAGUUGUAGCACAUCUGAUUAACAAACCAUCAAUCAAAAUCAGUGUCCACCCAGAGCAGACAAAAAAGUGACUUCUCAACAGUCAUGCUUCAGUGAGGAGAAGAUCUGUAACUUACUUUUCUGCAGUUGUUUGAUCGAGUUCCUGUGCCACAUAGAGGAGUGUCUGCACUGUUCUGCUGGUCACUGCCACUUGUCUAGCUGAGUACUCGUGUCUGUUUUACAUACAUACCCAUUUGGUUAAAACUGAGCAGAAAACCUUAAUAUGGUUAGAAUGGCAGGGAAAGGAUAUGGCUAUUAUCGUGUGGUCAUCUUUCUGGCCAUGUACGUUGGCUACACACUCUAUUAUUUUAACAGGAAGACCUUCUCUUUUGUAAUGCCUUCGGUGAUGGAGGAAAUUGAUCUGGACAAGGAUGAUUUGGGCCUCAUCACCAGUAGCCAGUCUGCUGCUUAUGCCAUAAGUAAGUUCAUCAGUGGCAUCCUGUCCGAUGUAGUAAGCGCUCGCUGUCUCUUUGCCAUUGGGCUGUUCCUUGUUGGAGUUGUUAAUGUGUUCUUCUCGUGGAGCUCCACAGUACUUGUGUUUGCAGUACUGUGGUUCUUUAAUGGCAUGGCACAGGGAUUUGGCUGGCCACCUUGUGGGAAAGUACUGCGAAAGAGUGAACUGGAUGCCUUAAAAAGUGGUUGCGACAGAGGAGGAGGAAGUGUUCCUUUCCCAUAUAAUGCAGUGAUAUUUGACCUUGGAAUUAAUUUAUGUGGUUCAGGCAGUGAUGACAGUACCUUAAAGGAAUUUCUGCUUUCUCCGUAUUUGUGGCUUCUGUCUGUAGGAUAUCUUGUGGUGUUUGGGGUGAAGACAUGCUGUACAGACUGGGGACAACUCUUCUUAAUUCAGGAUAAAGGACAGUCUGCACUUAUGGGCAGUUCAUACAUGAGUGCCUUGGAGGUUGGAGGACUGAUAGGCAGCAUUGCAGCUGGCUACUUCUCUGACAAAGCUGUUGCACGGGUUGGUUUGAGAAGCCAUGGAAAUCCUCGUCAUGGACUUCUGCUUACCAUGAUGGCUGGGAUGGUGGUAUCAAUGUACCUUUUCCGAGUUACUGUCACACUUGAGUCUUCUAAGGUUGGUUUGAGAAGCCAUGGAAAUCCUCGUCAUGGACUUCUGCUUACCAUGAUGGCUGGGAUGGUGGUAUCAAUGUACCUUUUCCGAGUUACUGUCACACUUGAGUCUUCUAAGGACACUGAAUGGUGGGCUCUGAUUCUGCACCCUUUCGCUCUCCUCUUGGGGCUGUCUGAACAGGAGAUUUGGAUUCUUUUUCUGGGAGCUGUUUUUGGCUUCUCUUGCUAUGGACCAAUUGCAUUAUUUGGAGUCAUAGCCAAUGAGAGUGCACCUUCUCGCUUUUGUGGAACAUCCCAUGCUAUUGUUGCCCUGAUGGCUAAUGUUGGUGGCUUCCUGGCAGGCCUACCUUUUAGCACCAUCGCCAAACACUACAGCUGGGACACGGCCUUCUGGGUGGCAGAAGUGAUGUGUGGUCUUACAACGGUUAUAUUUUUCCUUCUCCGAAAUAUGCGGACCAAGAUGGGACAUGUACCUCUGAAGGAAGAUUGACAUGACAGAACAGAUCAGCCAGUAGGGGGUAUUCUGAAUUGAUCAUUUGAUGGCAAAGAGUUACAGACUGGCCCAGUCUUGAUUUUGCUGCUGCAAGCCUGGGAUCAACUAAACUUCUGUAAUUUUAUUAAGAAAUAACAAUAACACUAUUAACUUCUAAUCUUUUUUUAACCUUUACAUUUUUCGGAAGUCAUUUCUUUACACUUGAUAACUAACAAAGUGUACCAGUCUGUCUCAUCUACGCUCUCUAUGCUUCUGCUCUUUUUUAUCCAUUCUGUAAAAUGUGUGUAGUGUGAACACCUGCCUCUCCAGACUAACUAUAUGUUUUUUUUUUCUCUUUUACUGGAAAAAAACUCUCCUUUGCAGUUGUUGCUGAAGGUUUUAUCAGAUUAUUUUAAAUGUUUAUGUUUUAGGUUUGUCCCACCUUGUUCCCUUAUACAUCCUCAGCUGAAAGGUUGAAUCCGUUUCUUUUCUUAAUGCAAUAUUGUGUGGUGUCAGAAGAUGUUGGUUACUGCAUAGUGCAGUACAGUAGAGACAGGUUUCUGGUCUUCUUAACAAGUAUUUUGUGACAUUUUAACAGAAGGGUACAACUUAUAUGAAGUAAACCUUAAACCCAUAUUGUGCAUGAUCAUGAGAAGUGGUGUAAGUAGACUUCAGCUGUAACCAGCUGUACAGAGACAAUUUGUGAUCCUUAACAUGGAAGCAAAAGCUACUGCAGAUGUUACAUCCUCAGUGAUGUCAUUUCUUCUCUGGAAUGAUAAACAUCAAGAGAAUUUCAUUGGAUGCUUCCAGGACACCUGAUUGUCAAAACCCUGGGAGAGCCUUGUCCACUUUGAUUGUAAUUACAGACACCGUAAUACUGGAUUGUCAUGUAACCAAGGGUUUCCCUUUCCUUCAGCUCUGCAUCCUACUUUACCAAGUUUGCUAACUGUGUAAGGUACUGGAAGUUUAUGUAUGCCGCACCAUGUUUGAUCACUUUUAUGAAAGAGAUUUUUCAUUUGCUUUUCAGGACAAGAUGGUUGGCCAGCUUACCUGCGCUAGGAAACUUUCUUUACUGGUCAAUUUUUCAGCUGUGACCACAGUUGAUCAUUAACUGGCAGCCCUUUUCAUUUACGGUGUGGUCAGUUAUCUAGUAGUGAUCCAGUAAAAACUGCAUGGGUCUUUUUUGGUUGCCUGAACUAUGUGUCACCAGCCUGAGGAUUUACUGCUAAGACAAGUGUAAAGUGAUGUUCUUCGUGUUUCACUGUUGGAGUCAUCACAUUUGGGUUAUC